AUGCCUCCAACACGCCUUCUUCCCCGGAUAUCCACCUUCUCGCGUGCCACUCGUCCCUCACGCGCACAAUGGACUCGCCGACCUUUCCUCCUCCGGCCCCUCACCACGUCUUCAAAGCCGCACCAAGCUUCCGUCGCGCCGCUCCGCGUUGACCAUGCCGAAUCCACCGAUAACCAAACCGUCGCAGCCAUGGGCCGCACCAGCUCUGGUAAAGCGCUCAAGAUAAGAAAGUAUCCCGCAUUCAAGAGCUUGGAGGAUGAAAGGUUGUAUCGGAAACAGCAUCUCGCGGCGGCAUAUAGAGUAUUUGCAGAAAGAGGCUUUGACGAGGGUGUCGCCGGACAUAUCAGCGUAAGAGAUCCGGUGUGGACGGACCAUUUCUGGCUAAACCCGCUCUCCACGCACUUCUCGCAAAUCCGCGUCUCGGACCUCAUCCUCGUCAACGAGGCGGGCGAAGUCGUCCAAGGCGACCAGCCCAUCAACGCCGCCGCCUUCGCCAUCCACUCGGCGAUCCACCAAGCGCGGCCGGAUGUCCACGCGGCGUGCCACGCGCACUCCGUGUACGGGAAGGCGUUUAGCGCGUUUGGAAGGGAGCUCGAUAUGAUUACGCAGGAUAGCCUGCGGUUCUAUAAGAGCCAUGGGGUUUAUCAGCAGUUUGGGGGUGUGGUGCUUGCGAGUGAGGAGGGGAGGCGGAUUGCGGAGGCUCUAGGAAACGGCAAAGCAGCUAUCCUACAAAACCACGGUAUCCUCACCGUAGGCCACUCCGUAGACGAAGCAGCCUUCUGGUUCCUCUCCCUCGACAAGACAUGCCAGGCGCAACUGCUCGUCGACGCCGCCGCAGCCGGGCGCGGCCACAAGCCGCAGAUCAUCCCGGACGAAGAGGCCGCAGAGAGCUAUAAGCAGGUCGGCACGCCGGAGAAAGGAUGGCUAGCCUUCCAGGGAUACUACGAUGAGAUUCUUGCGAGGACUGGAGGCGAUUUUUUGAGAUGA